UAGAAGGGUGCUGAUGAGUCAUUCUGCUCCAGGUGUUGCUUCGGUGUUAUCAGUCCAGGGGCUGGUGACCUUCGAGGAUGUGUCUGUGGAUUUCUCGGAGGAGGAGUGGGCGCUGCUGGAUCCGGCCCAAAGGGCUCUGCACUGGGAAGUCAUGGCGGAGAAUUAUGGGAUGGUGGUUUCUCUAGAGAAGGAGAGACAGAGCAAUGGAGAAGAGCAGGAAAAUUGCUCCAAAGCUAACCAGGAGUGGAGAAUGGAAUCCAUUUAUUCUGAAGAUGUGAAGUUGGCUGGAGUUCAAGAACAAAGCCAUGAAGGAAAGAAGAGAAACGAGUCCCUUCAAUGUGCAGAUGUCUUAACAGGCUCAUCGAAUCUUAGCCAACAACACAGAACGAAAAAUGGGCAGAAACUGUGUAGGAAGAGCUCCAGUCUGAGCAAAGGUUUGCCUACAGAGGAAAAUCUUCAAAGAAGCUCAGAGUGCACCAAGAGCAUCAGGAAGGAAGACAGCCUGGGAUACCAUCAAAUAAUUAAAGCUGGAGAAAAAACAUUUACCUGCUUAGAGUGCGGGAAGAUAUUCAGAAAGAAAGACCGUCUUACUUACCAUCUAAGAAUUCACUCUGGGGAAAAACCAUAUACCUGUUCGGAGUGUGGAAAGAGCUUCAGAAAGAAGGACCACCUCAUUUCUCAUGAAGGAAUCCACAAAGGGGAGAAGCCCUAUCAGUGCUCAGAGUGUGGGAAAAGCUUCAGGAAAAAGGACCACCUCGCUUCCCAUCAAGGAAUCCACAAAGGGGAGAAACCAUAUAAAUGCCCAGAGUGUGGGAAAAGUUUCAGAAAGAAAGAAUACCUUGCUGGCCAUCAAAGAGUUCACACAGGGGAAAAACCACAUAAAUGCCCUGACUGUGGAAAAGGUUUCAGUGACCGCUCAGGCCUUGCCUCCCAUCAAGUAAUCCACACAGGAGAGAAACCCUAUACAUGCUCAAAGUGUGGGAAGAGCUUUAGUCGCAGCAGAAACCUUAUUUCUCAUCAGAGAAGCCACACAGGGGAGAAGCCAUAUGAAUGCUCCGAAUGCGGAAAGAUCUUCACUAACAUUUCAGGCCUUACCUACCAUCAAAGAAUUCACACAGGAGAGAAACCAUAUAUAUGCCUAGAAUGUGGGAAAAGCUUCUGCCUCAGUUCAGGCCUUGCUUACCAUCAAAGAAUUCACACGGGAGAGAAACCGUAUAUAUGCUCAGAAUGUGGGAAAAGCUUCAGUAACAUUUCAGGCUUUACUUACCAUCAACGAAUUCACACUGGAGAAAAACCAUUUACGUGCUCAGAAUGUGGAAAGAGCUUCAGAAAUAAGGGCCACCUUACGACCCAUAAAAGAAUCCACACUGGAGAGAAACCUUAUAAAUGCUUAGAAUGUGGAAGAACUUUCAGACGCAUCACAAAUCUCACAUCCCAUCUUGGAAUCCACUUAGGGGAGAAACCUUAUACGUGCUUAGAGUGCGGAAAGAGCUUCAGGUUGAAGGACUUCCUUACUAGCCAUCAAAGAAUCCAUACAGGUGAAAAACCAUAUAAAUGUUUAGAAUGUGGGAAAAGCUUCAGUGACAGCUCAGGUCUUACUUACCAUAAAAGAAGUCAUACAGGAGAAAAACCACAUACAUGCUCAAAAUGUGGGAAAAGCUUCAGAAAUAAAGAUCAACUUACUCACCAUCAAAGAAUCCAUACAGAGGAAAACCCAUUUCAGUGAUUAGAUUCAUGGAAAGAGUUUUAGUUGGAGUGCUUGGCAACUAAACAAAAUGAUCCACAAUAGGAAGAAAACAUAUGAAUACAUGGACUGUGAAAAAAGCUUCUAUUGGAAUGAGCCCCUUAUUUCUGAGCAAGGGGUACAUGGGAGAAACUGUAUAAAUGGUGUGAAAAGAGUUUCUCUCAGAGGCAGGUCUUGCUGGCCAUCAAGAGAUCUACACUUGGUUGAUUUCAAUGCUAAGAGUUUCGGGGGGGGGGGGGGAAGCCACAGCUCAGGCUUUACUUACUAUAGUAAAAAACUAUAGAAAUGUCCCAAAUGUGGAAAAGGUUUUAGCCAGGAGGACUUACAGGUUAUGGGAGAUGACAUAAUUGACACAUUAAUGAAAUCAAAGAAUUCCCAUAGUGGAGAAUAUUGUCUACUCUGAUGGCAGCAGGUCGUCAUAUCAAAAGAUCCAUCGCCAGAAGAAAAUAUAGGAAGAAUGCCAGAGGUAUUUUCCUCACCAAUCUGACCCAGAAACAUCUACACAGCAAAGAAACUCUAUAGUUCUGUCCUUCCAAAGGGCUGCAUGCCACUUUAGAUGUACAGAAGAAACCCAGUUCUUUCGGCUGUGUCUUCUGAGCCCCGCAUUUAGAAGAAGAACUGGCUAGUUACUAAGGCUUGUGCUAGCAGAAAUGCAUUGUGGCUAGCCAAGUUGGCAUGUUUGUUUCCUUUUUGCUGAGCAUGCCUUGGAGGCUUAAGGCAUUUUUGGGGAUACUUGUUUUUUGGGGAAUACGCACAGAGUUGGAAGGAGCAGACAGUCAACCGCACAGAUGGCACAGGCUGCCCAAAAGAAGGCGUGGCCCUGGGGAGGCCCAGCAAGGCGCCUCCUUCUAGCCAUCCGCAAAAGUCAGAUGGGUUCUCCCUCAGUCUGUGCCUUGGCCUUUGGCUCAUUCCAGAAAUAUCUUUCAGUCUAAGCAUUUAGGGAAGCAUAUUUAACUAACUCUGGAAAAGGCAGUUUCAGGUGGGUAGCCGUGUUGGUCUGCACUAAAAGAGCAAAGAUCCUUAGAAAGCCAGUGACCUCUUAGUCACUGUGCUGUGUCUAUUUCUGGGGCUGCUCCUUUUAGGAGAGUAUCUAAUUCCCAGGUGCUGUCCCACAUGCGGAUGCUUACAUGCACACAUUGGGGGCACUUGAGAACAAAACAGAUAGUUCUGCAAACUUGCCAGAGGUUUGCAGAUUUGCAAAAACAUCUGAAACUCGAAGGAUAAACGGGUGGGUUUAAAUCCCUCCCACAAAUAACAUUUCAUGUCUGCACUGGCACAAUUGGGCCAGACAAUCAGGCAGGUGAAAAGGCGAAUGAGCAAGCAUGUGUCUGUGAGGGGACAGGAUAAAUGCAGAAGCUUAUGCGGUGGUAACCAGAUGACAUAGAGCAACCCCAGAGUAGGCCCACCAGGAGCAAUUAGGUCCCAGUCGGGACCUUUGCAGCCCUCUAACCUCCUAGGUUGGAGGGGAGCCACUACUGUCUCCCAAAAUGUGAUCUGGCUUAGCAGGAAUCAUCACUUCCCCUCCCCAUUCCAAGUCGUAAAAGCUGAAGACAGGCAGGCAUGGGAAUCAUGGGUGCCCCCCCUCCCCCAUGCCAAGCUGAUGGCUCUGGAGGCAGUUCAGUACAGGAGUCAUUGCUGUGUUGUCAUCAUCCCCCAUAUCGAGCUGGCAAUAUUGGAGGUGGGUGGGGUAUGCAAGAGUUGUUGCUGCCCCCCAGCUGCCAACCAAGGAGGUGUGGGGGCUGCCUGAUAUUGUGAAUAAGACCCAUAUUCUUUAUAUCAGCUGAGUAGCUUUUACUGUCAUGGGCUGUAGUCUACCCUUGCAAUUUAGCCAUAUCGAGCUUUAUCUUCAAAUGUUCUUGUGAGCCAUUAUUUUAUUUUAACCUGUGUGUGCGCGUGCCUGUAUAUACAAAAUAUAUUUAGUUUUAGGUGGGUAGCCAUGUUUGUCUGCAGUAGAACAGCAGUAUUUGAGUCCAGUGGCACCCUGGAGACCAAAAAGAUUUCCAGGGCAUAAACUUUCAAGAGUCAGAGCUCCCUUCUUCAGAUCUAUGUAUGUUUGUGUCUGUUUUAGUGUUUACUUGUGUGUUGCAAGGCUUUGUCAUUUCUG